AUGUGCCAGUUUAUUGAUGACCUUCCUCAAGAUGGAAAAGCAGGAAUUUUGCGAAGCUUUCUUGACCUUACAGCUCGCUGGGAGUCUCUGUCAUGCGACUCGCAGAGGGAACAAACAGAAACAGGCAUAAGAAAACUGAUCAACGACGAAGAAUUUCUGCGUCUGAAACACUAUACCAACCUUUAUAGGGAGAAAUUUGGAUUUACUUUUGUGAUAUGCGCUCGUUUACAUGAUACCAAAGAUUCUGUUUUAGAGAAAGUCCUAGAGCAUCUUAAAAAUAACGAAAACCAAGAGUUAGAAACAGGAAUAGAAGAAGUGAAAAAGAUAAUGAUCCAGAGGAUGAAAGAUUUGGUGGAUGAUUGUCAAACUUCUAAACUGUAG